GAGAAAUUGGUGGAAAUUGAAUGGACACCCUGUUACAAAAGAAGAGGAAAGGAUUAAAUGAAUGUCUCUCAUAUUGAGAUAAGAAACGAAGAGGAAGCAACAGCAACAACGCCGCCAGCAGUGGAACCAGAGGCACCGACUACAUCACUGGCUGUCACAGAAAAAAGGAGUACAGUGUCCCAGAACCUUGUUGAGCCUACCACACCAGCAGCAUUACAGUUUCAGCCUACCACAACAGCAGCAUUACACUUUCAGCCUACCACACCAGCAGCAUUACACCUUCCUGAAUUUGACCCAUUCUUGACAAGCUUCACAGAAGAUGACAUCAGGUCCCUGUUCAGCUUCGAAGUAGAGGAAGACAGUGCGUAA